UAUUAAAAGCCCUCACCAUCCCUCUCUCCUGUCAUUCUUAAUUUCCCCAUCCUUAAUCCUCCUCCUCCUCCUCCACCUCCUCUCUCCCUUGCUUCUUUCUUCUGCCCAUCUCCUCUUCCUAGCUAGCUUAAUUAGCUAUUUAAGUUUUAAUUCCUAGCCAGCUAGCUUAAUUAUAUAUAUUGUUAUUAUUAUUAAGACAUAUAUAGUUACAGAUAUGGGAACUUUGGUGGGACAUGUGGCGCCUGGGUUUGGGUUCUUUCUGAUUGGGCUAUGGCAUCUCCUGAACCACAUCAGGCUCCACGCUCUCAACCCAUCAAACUACACAUCCCUGCCAUGGUUUCCCACCUCCAAGAUGAGGUACUUGGAGCUCUUCCUCAUCAUGGCCGGCUCCUCCCUCUCCGUCGCCAUGGAGCUCUUCAUUGGUCCCGAUAGGCACCAGCCUCUCGACCCAGAUGGCACCAUCCCCUCCAACCAUCUCCACAACUUCGAACACUCCUCCAUCUCCCUCACCUUCUUCGUCUACGCCGCCUUCGCCAUCCUUCUCGACAAAAGAGGAGGAGGAGCGGCCUCCCACGCCCAGCACGAACUCACUCAGCUGCUCGGAGCCAUUGCCUUCGCGCAGCAGCUCCUCCUCUUCCACCUCCACUCCGCCGACCACAUGGGCGUAGAGGGCCAGUACCACUUGCUCCUCCAGAUGGUCAUAUUCGUCUCUCUCCUCGCCACUCUCAUGGGUAUUGGUUACCCCAACAGUUUCCUCACCUCCUUUGUGAGGUCCAUCAGCAUCCUAUUCCAAGGCGUUUGGCUCAUGGUCAUGGGAUUCAUGCUCUGGACCCCAGCUUUGAUCCCUAAAGGCUGCUUCAUCAACUCGGAAGAGGGCCACCAAGUCGUCCGAUGCCGCAGCGACGAGGCUCUCCACCGUGCCAGAGCCCUCGUCAACAUUCAAUUCAGCUGGUACCUGAUUUUUGUUACUAUUUUUGCCAUGUCCUCGUAUUUGUUCCUCACCAGAAUCUAUGGCCCGGAGAAAGUCGUCGCCGAGUACCAGUCUCUGCCCAAAUUCCAAUUAGAGGAAGAAGACGAAGAUAUUAAUGAUGAUGAAGAUGUUGAGGCUGGGCAUAAGAAAACCGAUCAAGUCACCCCCAGCGGAACCUCGAAGAGGUUUAUUCACAUGGGAAAACCCUCUGCUCCACUGGACAUCGAAAGGUGAGAAGAAGAAGAAGAAGAGAGGACGUACCGCCGGGUAUAUAUGUGAAUUGUGAUUAGGUCUGUUAAAAGUAAGGCACAAUUAGCCAGGUUGGUGGGUUCUGAAUUAUUCGAUCUCAUCAUCCGUCACUCUUCUUCUUCUUCUUCUUCUUCUUCUUCUUCUUCUUAUUAUUAUUAUUAAUUUUAUUUUUGCUUUUUGCUUUUGUUUUUAUUAAGCCCACAACAAUAAUGUUGGCUUAGUGGAGAACAAAUGAGCCAAUUAUGAGUUUCCUUGAGGGGAAGUCGCGAAAAGGUUUGCUAUAUUAAUUUGGUUUGCAUUGAUGGCUUUUAUUUGUAAUAUAUAUAUAUAUAGCUUUAGUGGGGGGUGAGUAGUAAUUAA